UUUCUCUUUGCCCUCUUCACCUUAUUACCAGACCUUCGCAGCCACCACCCAAACAAAAAACGAAACCAAAAAAAUGGGUAAGAAACCAAAAAGCUCAAGAAAAGGCAAAAAAGCAUGGAGAGCAAACAUAAGCACAGAAGAUAUAGACAACUUCAAUGAAAAAUCAACUAAAGAUGCACUCUCCGGCGGCUCACUUACUCAUGUUCCGACCGACUCCCUCUUCUUCGUUGAUAAAACUAAAGAUCUUUCUGUGAGAAGGAAAAUUGAGAAGCAUAGAGAGAAGGUGCUGCGUUGUGAUAGUGUGCUUCAAAAGAACCCUUUUGUUCAAGUGGUGCCUUCUUCUCAUGAAAACAAGGGUAGGAAGAAGAAAAUUAAGAAGGCUCGGGUUGAAUGUGAGCAGAAGGAUGGUGCUGAGGAUUCUGGCAUGGUUGAUUUGUGGGGAAAUGAAGGGGAAUGUGACAAUAAAACUAGAAAGGUAUCGAAUCCUUCAGUUAUUCCAGCGGUAGAAGUUGAGCCUCCAGGAUGCUCGUAUAAUCCUUCAUUUGAAGCUCAUCAGGACUCAUUGGCUCAAGCAGUUGCGGAGGAAAUGCAGAAAGUGUAUAAAAGUGAAUUGGGACCUCAGCCCGUUCCGUUAACUGUUCCUGCAGAUCAGCAAGUUUGUGAAGACGAUAUGUACUUUCUUGAUGCUGAUAAUGGUGAUGAUGACGAGGAUAACUUAAUAGAGGACGGGGAUAUUGAGGAUAGAUCUAUUAAGACAAAGAGAGUGACCCGUGUUGAGUUGAAUAAGAGAGCCAGGCUUAAAGCACAGAAGAAGAAAAAAACAGAAGCCGAGAAGAAAAAGGAACUUUCAAAAGAAAUUGACUCCUUGCCAGCUAUCCUUAAGGAAAUAGCUAAAGAAGAUGCGGAGAAGGAUAAAAGGCAUCUCCGUCGCAUGGUAGCUAAGCAAGAAAGACUAAAAACACGUCCCCCACGCUUGGGAAAGCACAAAUUUGUGCCUGCUCCUUCUCAAGUGCUAUUAUCUGAAGAAAUUACCGGUUCUCUUCGCAAGCUGAAGGGUUGUUGUUCUCUUCUGCGGGAUCGAUUUAAAAGCAUAGAGAAAAGAGGAUUGAUUGCACCAACACCUACAAUUGGAAGGCGAUAGAUAUCAGAUUCUGUUCUCGGAACUAUUGAUCAUGCAGCAGCUGGCUUAAAGUAAACGGAGGCUGGUUAGUUUGAGAGAACUCAGAUGACUGCAAUAUGAAUAUGUGCUGUGAUAUAAAUAUUAGUCUUCUUGGUCUAUGUUAUAUCGUAGUUGUCCUGAUCACUAGAGAGUGCUUUAAUUUUUUUAAUGUGUUAGUUUGAACUUGUAUUGUAACUCAUACGGUGGUAAUUCUUCAAAUUUUGGAUUUUAAUCUCACAUUUAAAAUUUUCA